AUGAAUCCGGUGGACGUAGUGAUCGAUGAUGCAUAUGGUUUAAGAAUGGUGGCACACUUUGAUCACUUGAGCCUUGAGGGCAUCCAACAUUCACAUGAAGAAUGGCACUGGCCGAUUGAGAAACGUAUCGUUUCACCCCUGACAUAUUCAAGUUUUAGAAGAAAAGAAGGAUCAUCAGUACUUUGCAACCCAAAAAAACAAGAUUUUACUGUUGUUUGGUGUCAGGAUGAUGUUGUACAGGAAAACGAAUGGAUUGAUACAAUUCAGUUGUUAGAAAAUAAUUGUAAAAUUUUGAAAAUAUUCAAUGAUUUAAGACAAUGUAUUAAUUAUUUGACUACAGAUGAGAAUAAUAAUUAUUUAGUUUUAAUCCUUUCAAAUCAGUUUGAUCAACAUACAUUGGUUCCAAUGUUAAGAGAUCUAAUAACAGGAACAAUGUUUAUUUACCUUCUAAAUAAAGACGCAGACAAAUUUAUACAUUGUUCAUUAUCAGUAUUUAGUGAUGCAAUGUUACUUGUUCUUGAAAUAAUACAAAAUAUCAAAGAUAUUCAUAAAACAGAAAUUCCAUCUUCUACUAACACAACACGAAUUAUCAAUACGAAGUUACUUAAAUUUAAAUGCUUGAAAUUAUUAAUGGAAAUUUUAUACCGUACCCGACCUUCGUCUGGUUUAGCUAAGGAAAGAAUGUUGCAUGAGUGUCGACGGGAUUAUUCUUAUGAUCAAAAUAUACUAGCACAUCUCGAUGAAUUUGAACAAAAUUAUAAAUCAUUUGAAGCAAUACAUUGGUACAAAAGUCAUAAUGGUUUUCUCUAUCGUUGUAUAAAUACUGCAAUUCAAAAUAAUAAUAUAACCGAAUUAUGGAAUUAUAGUUUUGCUAUUGCUGAUUUUUAUGAUCAACUAGAAUUGGAAAAUAUAAAAUUUAACAAUAAUUCGCUAUUAUUCGUAGAAGAUCUCGUUGUUUAUCGUGCACAAUAUAUUGAACAUAAACAUUUGAAAAAAUUUGUAAUGAAUCUUCGAAAUUAUUUUGCAAUCGAUACAUUUAUUUCAACUAGUAUAAGCCGUAUUGAGGCUUUAGCAAGAAUUCUGAUGAUGCCAAAUGAUAAGAACAACAUACGUGUAACUUUUGAAAUUCAUAUUAACACAACAUUAUCCAAAAGAACAUUUAUUAAUAUUUCCAAACCAGAUGACAUAAAAGAAAAUAGCGAAUUUAUAUUUACAAUUGGAAGUAUAUUUCAAAUAAAUUCUGUUAAUAAAUGCAGUUGUGGACGGUACUGGUCUGUUGUAUUAACCUAUUGUAAUGACGAGUGUGCAAUUGCCCAAAAGUUAAAUAAUUAUUUUGAUAUAAUUAUGUUACAAUUAAUUGAAAUAUUACGGAGUGUAUCAGAUCGGACCGAUACAAUCAACAAGAAAAUGUUGGAAAGAUAUCGAUAUUACUGUGCUGGUGAUGAUACUGAAUUAGCAAGAAUUGAUGAUUUCGAAUUGAAUUAUCGUAAUUGCGAUGCAAUACGAUGGUAUACGAAAGAUUCAUUUCUGUAUCGGCUAUUAAACAGUACACUUCGUCAUAGCGAUAUAAACGCUAUAUUUGAUUUUCGUUCUUAUAUUCUUGAUCUAUAUGACCAAUUAACAAUUGUACAUCUUGAUUAUCUUCGGUCAUUACCAACUACUAAUAAAUUAUCAACAGCUUAUCGAGGGCAAUUAAUGCACAUUAAUGAAAUAGAACUGUUGGAAAAAAAUAUUGAUCGGCAAAUAUUAUUUAAUACAUUUGUUUCAUCAAGUCAAUCAUGUGAUGUUGCAUUGGUUUUUUGUGGGCAAGGUUUAGAACAAACACCACUUCUUGAAUCGGUAUUUUUUCACAUUGAAUAUGAUAACCGUUAUAAUGAAAGACGACCGUAUGCCGAUAUUAAAUUAAAUAGCGUAUUUUCAGAUGAUAAUGAAAUGUUAUUCUCACAAGGUAGUCUAUUUAAAAUUGAUUCGGUAUCACAAGUGUGUACCAAAGUUUGGCUUAUUAAAUUAACUUUAUGUGAUCAAAUUGAUGAUGAAGUAAAUUCAUUUAUCAAAUGUAUAAAUAUUGCACUAAACAGAAGCACAACUGAAACAAUCAAAGAGCUAUUUAAGAGCUAUUAA